AUGGGCAUAUACAUACGCCCCAGCCUGACCCGGGCGGAAUUAGAAGACCGCCUGGAUGAGUUAGAAAGACAGGUCAGGGGAUUGCUGCCCGGCCCAGUAAUAAUAGCGGGCGACUUCAAUGCGGCGUCGACGCUCUGGGGGUCGAGGCGACAAAACGCAAAGGGAGCAGAGGUGGUGGCCUGGGCUAACCGCCUAGGCCUCCACCUUGAAAAUAAAGGUAAUGCCAGCACGUGCGUAAGACCCCAGGGGGAGUCUAUCGUCGACCUGACGUGGACUUCCCCUGGGGCCACGAGGAUGAUCGACUCGUGGAGGGUGGCGGAAGAUUUAGAGAUUCUCUCUGAUCAUCUCCCUAUCAUCUUCGAGCUGACGCUGCCGGACGGAGACGGAGCGAGCGGAGACGUACACCAGCGACCCCCCAGGUGGGCCGUGAGGAAGCUGGAUCCUGACAGGCUUCGGGCUUCCCUGACCGCGGAGACGUGGCUGGAAGAAGAGCCGGGCAGCGCAGAGGAGCAGGCCCUUUGGAUCCGUGCGGCCAUGACGAGGGCCUGCGAUGCGGCCAUGCCGAGGGCCGCCUUUAAGCCCCGAAAGGAGGUUUAUUGGUGGUCGGAGGAGGUGGCCCUGCUAAGGAGGGCGGUGGUCCGGGCGAGGAGACAACUGCAGCGCGCGCGACGGAGGAGGGAUAGCUCCCAAGAGGCAGUCGACUGCCUACUCGAGGAGUACCGGGCGGAGCGUAAGGCGCUCAAGCUUACGAUCAAGCGAGCAAAAGAGUCCGCCUGGGAGGAAUUGAUCGCGACGCUGAACGAGGACCCGUGGGGGCGUCCCUACAAGCUGGUGUUGAACAAACUCAGCAAGGGGGCGCCCCCUACGGUGGAAGCGAUAGACCUGCAAUUCCUGGGGGAGGUAGUCAGGACCCUCUUCCCGGAGAACGCGGACACGGUAGCCCGGACAGGGGAAACCCCGGACGGGAGACACCCAGAGGAGGAGGAAGAGAACAUAUACGUAACGAACCUGGAGCUAAAUAGGGCGGCGAAGAAGCUCAAGGCCGGGAAAGCGCCCGGGCCGGACGGCAUCCCCCGUAGAGGAUGCUAA